AAUCCACACUACGGCCAGUACACCACUGCUGUGGUUCCCCCUUAUUGCAAUUGUCGUACCAUCCUUCCAUCAAUUCUCUUCACCACGCCACCGCUGAGCAGGGACUCUGCACGCAACCGCACUCCAAUACCCAUACCUCUCUCCGCCAUUCUUCUUUCCCGACCCAAUCCCCCAUUCCACCUCAUAAGCGGCAGAACCUUUACUCAAAUGUCCUUUCCUUUUCUUCUUCUCUCUUCUCUGUUAACACUUCUGCGAUUGAAUCCCAAGCUGGCCGGCCGUAGCUCCAAUCUCCAUCAAGGUUACAGCAACUAUAUCAGAGUUGCUUGGACAGGUUCCCUAUCACUACUCUCGGCCCGCUUCUUCUAGAUUUCUGAUUUCGUGCUCGAGCUUGGGCUAUGGGGAUGAACAAUCGUAUUGGUCGGAACUGAUGGAUGAUCAUGGAUUGUAGGCAAGAAGUUGAAUCAUUUGAUCAUGAUCAAGAAUAGAUCUUUCUGGCAAAGAGAAAAUCCAUUCAUGGGUGUUAGUUUAAGAUUGGACUCGGACCGGUGCGCGCGUUCGACUGCUGGAUUUGAUUAAGUGCCAUCUGAACUCAGAAUUCCAUUUUUUUCCAUAUCGCAGCACCAAUUGGGAGUUCAAAUAUCAGGUUUGUGCAUCAAAUUCACACUGCGUUGUUGAUCAUAAUUCAGUAUAGAAAGUCCAUGU